UACCUAAGAUUUUGUACUUGAGCCUAUUAUUCAUCUUAGACAGAAACAGAAAGUGUGUUCUUCUUGAAACCACACAGACCCUGACCACACAGAAGUGUUGCAGAUGAGCUUGAUGCAUCAGGAUUACUUCAGCACUAUUUGAUCUCACAGCGCCUGAAAUACAUUUCUAAAGUAAAAAUUUAGCUUGUGUUACCCCAAAUCUGAAAAUAUGAAUCUGAACUAGAAGCUUAAAUUUUAAUUCUUCUCUCUCAAUCAUAAAGCAGAAAUGGACACUAAUGGCUAAUAGUUAGUGUACACAUCACUGCCAGCUGAAUCACCUCCUUGACUAAUUUUUUUUUUUUUUUUUUUUUUAUUUAGAUGUGUCAAUAUAUAUUGAAUGGCCUUUCAGAUAUGGAGUAAAAGCUUUAGUUGUGUAAAACAUACUUGUGUAAAACUUGAGUUGGUUAAUUCAUAAAUGUUCAAUUUUUUAUGUUUAUUUCUUUUGACUGUUAGGUUUAGGGGGUUGGAGAAGGGAUGGGACAUGCUGACAUAUACAUUUUCAUCAACAAUUUCCAUCAUGUACCAUUAUUAAACAUUUUCAGGAGAUCAGUUUGAAAAAAAAUCUAGCAUUCAUGGUAGACAGACAGGAACUCAAGAGUUUGUCCGGUGUGAAACCUCACAAACACCAGAUCUUCACAAGUGCUAAUGAUCUUAACCAUUUAGAUGAACAAGAUGCAUCACAAUCAAACUAUUAUUUCUCAGCACACACACACACACACACACACACACACACACACACACACACACACACACACACACACACACACACACACACACACACACACACACACACUAUCAGGUAUAUAAAACAGCCACUUUCCUCAUCUCCUGGUUUGAAGAGUCGCUGUCGUCUGGCUGUGAGUGACUGACUUUUCUGAUCUUCUCCUUUCGCUCUUGCUCCUAAACUCCUGAAAAAUAACAAAAAGAAAACAUAAUCUGACAACAAGAGAGAACAGUAUUCUCAGCAUCUGCUCUUCACUAGAUCUACUAGAGAAUCUGAGAGAUUCGACUGAAUCAAGAUGCUGCUGAUCAUUGAAGCUCUUCUUCUCAUUUUAGCUGCUCUAGGACAGGAUCACAGAACAGCUGUUGAAGGAGAAGUAAUUCCACUGGAUAUGGCAACGAAAUCAGUUGAUGACAGUUAUGACGGCUGUAGAGAGAAAAUGGCAAACCUGGUGGAGACCAAAUAUUUAAAAAAGGAAAUGCAAUCUAAUUUUGCAAAUGCUUGGAAACAUGCUGAAAAGAAUUACAAGCCACCCGGAGAUAACUUGACAAAGAAUCAUUCAAUCGCUAUCUAUGUGUACACUAACUCUAUGUUUGAGAUAUAUAAGGAUUUCAAUAAUGCUGUUCGUAAAGAAAAGAAUAAAUACCGAAACAAGAAAUUCAAAUGGUAUUCACUUCAAUUUUUGUUAACAGAUGCGAUACAGAUUCUGAAGAAAACACAAAAAGAAUGCAUAUUAACUUAUCGUCGUACAAAUGUUAGUUUUAAGAAGAGUGUUCUGAACAAAGAGGUUCGCUUUGGCUCAUUUGCUUCUUCCUCUUUAAAUCAUACCAAAACAAAUGUUUUUGGAAAUAAAUCUUGUUUUAAAAUCUACACUUGUGAAAGUGCAAAUUUGACAAAAUAUUCUAAGUAUGACAAAGAGGAAGAGGUGCUGAUUCCUCCAUACGAGAAGUUUAAAGUCACUGCUGUCAACAAAAGAAAACAUCAGAAAGAUCUCUGGUGUGACACUGUGUUCACUUUAAAAAGCUCUGGUAAGAGAAGUGACCUGAACUGUGCUCUGUUCAAGAAACCAUCCAAGACCAUAACAAAGUACUAAGACUGACAAUGAAAGCAGGCCUGCAGAACCAAGGGCUUUAAAUUUAUGAAUUUAUAGUACACUAAUUCCAACAUUUGUCUGUCUUGGUUUAGCUCAACAAUUAUUUUCCAAAAAAAAAAAACAAAAAAAAAAAAACAACAACAACAAAAACCAAUUUAAAAAAAACAUGAUUUGUUUGCAUAAUUUCAACAAUGAAAUAAAGUUAUUUUCCAGUGACCCAAUUCAGCACCCUCAGAGUGAUUUUAUGUGUUUGUAAUUUAGUACUUCAUUUACACUUACUGUAAAUCUUUUCUUUUUUUUUUUGUAUCACCUCACUGAACAUUUUUAGUGCUUGCUAUUUAGCCGAC